GCUGCAAACCCGCUGCAGGGCUGCAAAUCCGCCGUGGGGCUGCAAAUCCGCCGUGGGGCUGCAAACCCGCUGCGGUGCCAUCUCGCAGGACGGCAGCUCGGCGGCCCCCGGGGCCGGCAGGGACACGGUCCCGUGACACACCGUGGCGCAAACGGUUUGGAAACCCUCUGGGCUUGCGUGGAGGUGGCAGAGGAACUCGCCCCGCUGCCGUGCCCUUCCUUCCCCAUUCGCCAUGCGGCCGCCCCGGAGCCCCCGGGCCGGAUCGGGAGCCGGCCGGCAGCGGGACGCGGGUCUCGCCUGCCUGCUGCUGCUGCUGCUCUGCAGAGCCCCGGGUGCCGGUGCUCAGGAGGACGAGAGCUUCCAUCUGUGGCAGCCCCAGGGGCAGGUGUCGGUGUCCGUGGGGCAGACGCUCACCCUGCACUGCACCGUAUCCAGACACGCUAUAGUGGGACCCGUGAAGUGGCUGAAGGCUUUCGGCAGCAGUAAACAAAUCGUUUAUGAUCCGAAAGGCCCCUUCCCCCGUGUGACAAGGGCGGUGAACGAGUCCAACACAAAUUACACCAUCCACAUCAGUAAGGUCCGGGUCGAGGAUGCCGGGACCUAUUACUGUGUGAAGUUUAAGAAAGGAGAGGAGCAGGAUGAGGAGUAUUCAUCGGGAGCGGGCACGGAGGUGUUUGUGCAUGCCAGCCCCACGUCAGUGGCUGUGUCUGGGCCUGAGCACAGAGCGGAGCCGGGCAGCUUGGCGCGUUUCACCUGCACGGCCGGAGGCUUCUUCCCCAGAGACAUCAGUGUGGAAUGGCUCAAAAACGGGGCCCCGGUAAGAGCUCCGGGGCCCCGGGUCACCGCCGGGCAGACAAACUCCUCCUACGACAUGGUCAGCGCGGUGGAGCUGACCCUGCGGGCUGCCGACGUCCGCUCCCAGCUCACCUGCGUGGUCAAGCACUCCACUCUGCCCGCCCCGCUGAGGCAGACGUACAACCUCAGCGACGCUGUGCGAGUGCCGCCCACCGUGCGGGUGCUGCCUGACCUGCCCAACCCCGUCGAGGUGCACAAGACCGUGAACUUCACCUGCUCCGCGGAGGGGUUUUAUCCAGACGCGGUGACCCUCACCUGGCUGGAAAACGGGGUGGAGGCGAAUGCGGGGAGCCCCCCGCACCUGACGGAGACCUCCCAGGGGACCUUUGAGCUGCGGAGCCUCCUGGAAGUGCAAGCGACGGAGGAGAAGAAUCAGUCCGUGUUCACCUGCCGGGUGGUGCACGACUCCCAGAGCCCCGUCAGCAGCGCCGUGACCCUGCAGAUCGCCGUGCCGGCUGCCGACCGGGGCCCAAAUAACGAGUCGCUCGCAGACCAGCAGCUCCUGUCCCUCGCCGGCCUCUACGUCGGGCUCCUGCUGGAGAAGGGGCUCUUGGGCCUCGUCCUCUUCUUCCUCUUCAAGCGCAGGAUGCAGUGAGAAGGUCAAGGCUGCCCGGCGGCACGGCGGGGGCUGGCGGGAGCCCCUGGCCGGGCAGAGCAGCGUGCCCGGCUCCAGCUUCGGCCCCGGAGCCACUUCCCGGCUCUGCGCCCUUCCGCACCGUCCCGCCGGCCCUUCCGCAGCGGCAGGCGACGCUCGCGCCGGGGAGGAGACGCCACGGUCCGGCCGCGGCAGCCUGGGCCCGGCGAGGCCGGCGGGAAGGGCCACGCUCUGCUUUGCUGUCUCUCCCUGAAAAUAAACGGUGUGGAAACACACAGGGUGCUCCGCUGCGGCCUGCACCAGCGGCCCCGGGGCCCUUCCCGGCUCCCUCCGGGGCACUGGGCGGCCCUGGGCGGGAGGGGGGUUGCCGCGUUCCCGGAGGGGGUUCCGGGAUGGACUGGGACGGUGGGUCCGGCAGGCUGGGGACGGUGGCACCCAGGGCCCCGCACCGCGGGGAUCUCAUCGUGGUCCCCAGGUGGGAAACGCCGGCUCCUCUCCUCGGCCCGGGCACGAAGACGGACCCACUUAGAGGCCGACGCCUGGGGAUCUGCCUGGGAAGGGGGCUGAGGGCCUUGGGGCGCCUCCCGUUCCCGCUCUGACACCGCCGCCCCUCCGCUGCUUCCCCGCUCCGCUCCGCUCCGCCGCGGUGCUCGGCGCUGCACAC